AUGGCAGGUUCAAAGCGUUUAUCGGAUGGUUCAGCCGGCAAUAAACAGCGGUUUAAAUGGACACCAGAGUUACGUAGCCGGUUUGAAGAAGCUGUUAAUCAUCUCGGCGGUCCAGAUAGGGCAACACCCAAAGGUAUCUUGAAAGCUAUGACUCUCCCUGGAUUGAAUAUCUACCAUGUUAAGAGUCACUUGCAGAAAUACAGAAUUUCAAAGUUUAUCCCUGAAUCUUUUGACAGAGGAAGAACUGAGAGGAGAAAAGUUUCAGAAAUUCUGCCAAAUUUUGGUGCUACAUCUGGUGCUCAGAUUAAGGAAGCCUUGCAAAUGCAAUGGGAAGAACAAAGAAGAUUACAUGACCAGUUAGAGGUUCAAAGAAUGCAUUUGAAGUUUAAAAUUGAAGCACAAAGAAGGUACUUUGAAAGAAUUUCAGAUGAAAAUCGAAACCUUUGCUUCCACACACAUGAAUUUGAUGUAGCUGGAAAAUCAUCCAACACAUAUCCGACUCUUUUGGAUCAAGAAAAGGAGAAAUGCAGAAGCAAUUCCAUCCAAAACAUGCAAUCAUCGAGUAAUGAAGACGGAAAGAGAUUUAGCCUUCCACCAAAAAUCAACGAAACUCAUUUUAACAACUAUAGAGGAGGGGACAAGAUGAAGUUACAGCCAAGUUUUGAGCUUUAUCAAUCACAGAAUCUCGAGACCAACAGACAUAAAACAGUGGAAGGGAUGCAACUUUGGGAUGGUGCUGAAGUUUCAAAUGAACUUGGAUUUUCUUGGCCUAGUAUGUCCGGUGAAACAUCGUCGAUAUCAAAUUUAGGGUGA